AUGAAUAAUCCGACCCCAGCAACUCCCAAUACGUGUGUCGUGGACCCCCUUGGUUCACCUCGGCCGCUCAUGGAAAGUGGCCAACCCAAUUUAGGUUCGCCGUUGGCCAACUCGACGAGUGGUCACAACGGCCAAGGAUUUUCUCCUGACUUGGGUUCGCCGGAGAUCCCCACCGUUCCUCGCAAUAGUGGGUCCAGCGGCGACCUCAGCGAAUUACUGGGCUCGGACGGUCAGCCAGGUGAUUACCAACUGCAAGGACGCCGUCGAACUCAAAUUACCUACGCCAACGUUUCCCGGUUCAUAGGCAGACAUACACUUAGGCACUUUUUGUCGUAUGCGGACUUGUCGGUACAAAAUACAAACCGAGUGCUCAGGAUCUUCAGUGGGCAAGAGAUUCACAGUUUCCAUAUCUUUUUGUUCCCUGAUCUCAUCUCGCCUCAGCAAAUGAGCCUUUGGGGAGUACCGUACGGUGUCGCUGCCAAAAUCAUGUUACGCGCGGAAGGAUAUUACCACCAUCUUGUACAUUGCGAAAGGAUGAGUUUGGCAGAGCUAUAA